AUGCAGGCCCCUAAGCAGAUCGACACUGGCUUCGGAUACUGCCUCGCUCCCAUCGACCUUGAUGCUGCUCACCAAGCUGCUGAGCGCCUCCACCACCUCUCGAUCCACCCACCCACUCCUCAGUAUCCUGCCUGCUCGUCUCACGGCUCCGACUUCCACCGCACCAGUUUCACCAUGCCCAUCGCCUACCCUCGCUCCACCUACUCUUCACCGCUUGCAGGCGGUGAGUCACUUUCAGAACUCCUGCCCGGCACUCAUGAGGUGCUAUCGCAGAACGCCCGAGCUGUCGACGCUUGCCAUUUUGUGCCCGUCAAGGUGGAGCCUACUCCUGGACUCUACACCCCGUUUGUUCGUGGUGGCACUGACCCAGAGCAGCUUCGGAAGCGUCGUGUUCUGGUAGUGGAGCGCCUGGUCCCCAAGCGUGCUCCCAAGAACCCUGACGCAAAGAUCCUGCUCCUCACCCACGGUCUUGGCUUUGCGAAAGAGUGCUGGAUUCCCAUCGUGGACGAGCUCUUGCGAACCAAGCCCUAUGAUAUUCAAGAGAUCUGGAUGAUCGACACACUCGGUCACGGUAUGUCGGCUGUGGUCAACCGACAGCUGGAUGGUCCCUCACCGCUCGAGUUCAGCGAUCGCUGCAUCGAUGGCAACGAUCUUGCGCGCGACAUUCUCCAGUUUGUCUGCUGUUUCAUGCCUUCGACCCGCACUUCGACACCGGUCGAGCCAUCACGGACGCUCGAUUUUCACCUUCCCCGCUUGCCAAGGAAGAAGCUGGUAGGUAUGGGUCACUCUUUCGGCGGUGCGGCGCUGAUGCAGGCGUCGUACCACUUCCCUGACCUCUUCGACUCUGUCGUCCUUGUCGAGAGCAUUCUUGGUACUUUCGAGCAGGUUGCCCGUAUGCAUGCGCUGCCGCUGGCUCGGUAUACGCUGCUCAAGAAGGACCGGUGGGAGUCGCGCGAGGAAGCCCGCGCCGAGGCCAACACGGACAAGCAUAUGAGGCUGUGGCACCCCUCGGUGAGGGAUGCCUUUGCUGCUGGCAUGCUUACCGAGUCCUUGGCAUGUCCAGGCACCGUGGAACGCAGUGCCGACAAGGUCGCCGAGGCACUGGCGAUCCGUGGCAACCGACCGGGUGUGCAGGUAACGCAGUACUUGCACUGCCUUCCCGCGCGUCUUCCGGUCCUGUUCGUUUCGGCGCACAAGCCCCUGCUGCUUCCUCUGGAAGAGAUUUUCCACACGGCUCAGAGCAUCCCCAACCUGCAUUUUGAGGUGAUGGCGGGCACUCACAACCUUCCACACGAACGUCCCAUCGAGAUUGCUCACCGCAUCCUCCGCUUCUGGCGCGAGACCGACGUCUCUGUGCCUUUCUUCCGCGAAUGCAGACUCUAG